CAAGAGAAAUACAGCAGCACAGCAUCGGCCACCCACCAAACGUCGGUCCAAAGUCCAAAAAAGUGAAAGACCGGUCAAUACAGCCAACCCGCCUGAGACCGUGAAGCCCGCCGGCCCAUCCCAGCUCGCUCCACAAACCAUCACAGCCCGGUCCAGACCUACCUCCCCGUCCAAGCCCGCCAAGGCCCGCACCAGUUAUACUUUUGCUUCAUUUUGGAUUAUUGUCCCUCCUCCCAUCUUUAGGGUUUAUAAACAUCGAAAUUCUGAGAAAUUACAGUUUUUUGGUGCGAAAUUUCUGUGAUUUGGAUUUUGCAUGAGCAUGUAUGAGAAAGAUGAAGGACGUGGAGGUUAAGCAAGCUAAUCGAGGUGAAAAUCCAGCUCGAUUUCAACGUACAGAUCAGUGGCGCCCUGUAUAUUCUUGGUUGGAAUCGUUGAACUCGGAUGAGGUGAUUAAGUCCAAAGACAUAUCUGACUGGCUGGCAUUGAACCCUGAGAUCAGUGAACAGUUGGGCUCAAGACAUUCUCGUUAUCAUUUGAUGCACUAUAUUAAAAAAUGUCAUAUGAAGAUAUUGAAGAAACGGAAGGGUGGACUACAGAAGCCUAGUGAAGCAGCACCCUUGACUGCUGGGCAUCUACAUAUGGCUAAACCGCUGGCCAUGGUUCCUUUCGAUCCAUCAACAAAUUUGCCUAAAGACAGCGACCUCUAUCGAGUGAAGCGAGAGGAAGCUUUGCGCAAAUACGAGAUUUUGGUAGAGUUGGAGCAGCAACUUUCUAUCAUUAUCCCAAACCAAAACGUUGCAGAAGAUUCUUGAUCAAGUUAUGUGGAUCAAUCUGGCUUACGAAAAGUCACAUUCGUUUGCUCCUUGUUGAGCAUCAUUAAACAAACCACGGGGGGGAUCCUUGGAGAUUCAUGGUCACCAACUGAUGCGACUACGUUUGCAUUCAUCUCGUGGCUGUUUUUCUUCCUCGAUGAUUUUCUGUUAAAAUUUGAUCAUUAGGAAACAAAAUGCGGCUGUUAAAUCAGGCAUGUCUAUGCUUCAUAUCCUUCCACCACAUUUAAUCAAUGUAAUUCCAGUUUUAUUCUGUGCA